AGUCGUGUUUUCUACUGUGCAUAGCGAGUGACCUACAGGCCUUUUUUAUUACACAUAAAUAUGGGAGGCUGCCUUGCGGGGCUGUCUAAAUUUACUCGCUAUGAAAGCGAAAGGAAUGCUCUAGCAAAUCAAACACCAAUAGAACAUUAUCUAGAUAAACCCGAGUUUUCGGAGGUGCCUGAUGAAACUUAUGUCGCUAGAAAGAGCCAUGGCACUCAAAAAACCGACGGUGGGCACAAGAUUAAGGAUUCAGCCGACUCUGGAACUGUAGUAGAGUCGAAAUCUAUCGCCGAAAAAGUUGCUCCUAGAGAGGUACCCGGUAAGCAAGAGCCAUUGAAAAUAGAGUUUACUGAUGAAAACAGUCCCAAUGAGAAUCAGAAUAGAGAGCUAUACUCUGGAUCUAAGCAGAGGCCCUCGUCACCUCCUGUGGUGAGUAAGCGAGAGAAGCAGAUGCCGACCGGUGAGCCCGUUUCUGAAAGAGUACCAAUGAAGAAAAAACGAAAAACUUUUAAGCCUGAAGCGAAGGAUUUAGAAGAACAGCCUUCAGAGCAGAUUGCCAGAGAGACUAAGCAUGAGCAACAGGAAAAGGAGCGAUUAGGUGCUGAUUCUAGGAUCAAAAAGCCAGAAAAAGAGCAAAUGGAGCAGGAAAAACCAGAUGCUAUUAAUGAGGCUAAGGAUCUAGAAAAGAUUCACAAGAAAAGAGAAUUGGCGGCUGGCGAAGUUAAGCAACUAGAAGAGGAGCAACAAACAAAAGAGCAUUUGAUAGCUGAGGGCAAAGUUAAUAAAUCAAAAGAUAAUGAAAAUAUGCGCUUGCCUUCAGAAGUUGUGGACAAAUUGACAAGAGAACCGAAAAAUCAAGAGUUACCAGCGGAAAUAAAGGCUAGCAUUCUAGAGGGAGAACAAAAAGAGAAGGCAAAGGCUGUAGGUGAAGUUGAAAAACCAACUUUAGAGAAAGAGCAAGAGAUGGAAGAUGAAAAAAUACAUAAAAAGCAAGAGGAAUUAACGGAAUUUAUCUCAGAUGUACAACGUUUAAGGGAAGAGAAAGAGAAAAAACUUGCGAUUGAAGCUGAAGCCAGAGAUCUUGAGGAAAAAGAGCGACAAGUCGCUGAAACUAGGCGAUUAGAAAAAGAACGGGAAGAAAAGGAAAUACAAAUAGCUGAAUCCAAGAGGAUAAAACAACGACAAAGAGAGCGACAGGCAGCUGAAGCUGAGAGGUUGGAGAAAGAGCGACAAAUAGCUGAAGCUGAGAAAGAAGAAGAAGAGAGAAGAAAAGAAAUAUUGGCAGCUGAGGCUAAGCAGCUAGAGGAAAAAAAGAGAAUAGCUGAACUCAAAAGAAUAGAAGAGGAACGAGAAAAAGAACGACAAGCAGCUGAAGCUGAGAGGUUGAGAAAAGAACAAGAAGCUGAACUCAAAAGAAUAGAAGAGGAACGAGAGAAAGAACGACAAGCAGCUGAAGCUGAGAGGUUGAGAAAAGAACAAGAAGCAGCUGAAAUCAAAAGAAUAGAAGAAGAGCAAGAAAAAGAACGACAAGCAGCUGAAGCUGAGAGACUAGAAAAAGAACGACAAGAAGCUGAAAUCAAAAGAAUAGAAGAAGAACGAGAAAAAGAACGACAAGCAGCUGAAGCUGAGAGACUAGAAAAAGAACGACAAGAAGCUGAACUCAAAAGAAUAGAAGAAGAACGAGAAAAAGAACGACAAGCAGCUGAAGCUGAGAGACUAGAAAAAGAACGACAAGAAGCUGAACUCAAAAGAAUAGAAGAAGAGCAAGAAAAAGAACGACAAGCAGCUGAAGCUGAGAGGUUGAGAAAAGAACAAGAAGCAGCUGAGCUCAAAAGAAUAGAAGAAGAGCAAGAAAAAGAACGACAAGCAGCUGAAGCUGAGAGGUUGAGAAAAGAACAAGAACUAGCUGAACUCAAAAGAAUAGAAGAGGAACGAGAAAAAGAACGACAAGCAGCUGAAGCUGAGAGGUUGAGAAAAGAACAAGAAGCAGCUGAAAUCAAAAGAAUAGAAGAAGAACGAGAAAAAGAAAGGCAAGCGGCUGAAGCUGAGAGACUAGAAAAAGAACGACAAGAAGCUGAACUCAAAAGAAUAGAAGAAGAGCAAGAAAAAGAACGACAAGCAGCUGAAGCUGAGAGGUUGAGAAAAGAACAAGAAGCAGCUGAAAUCAAAAGAAUAGAAGAAGAACGAGAAAAAGAACGACAAGCAGCUGAAGCUGAGAGACUAGAAAAAGAACGACAAGAAGCAGAGCUCAAAAGAAUAGAAGAAGAACGAGAAAAAGAAAGGCAAGCAGCUGAAGCUGAGAGACUAGAAAAAGAACGACAAGAAGCAGAGCUCAAAAGAAUAGAAGAAGAACGAGAAAAAGAACGACAAGCAGCUGAAGCUGAGAGACUAGAAAAAGAACGACAAGAAGCUGAAAUCAAAAGAAUAGAAGAAGAACGAGAGAAAGAACGACAAGCAGCUGAAGCUGAGAGACUAGAAAAAGAACGACAAGAAGCAGAGCUCAAAAGAAUAGAAGAAGAGCAAGAAAAAGAAAGGCAAGCAGCUGAAGCUGAGAGACUAGAAAAAGAACGACAAGAAGCUGAACUCAAAAGAAUAGAAGAAGAACGAGAAAAAGAACGACAAGCAGCUGAAGCUGAGAGACUAGAAAAAGAACGACAAGAAGCUGAACUCAAAAGAAUAGAAGAAGAACGAGAGAAAGAAAGGCAAGCGGCUGAAGCUGAGAGACUAGAAAAAGAACGACAAGAAGCUGAAAUCAAAAGAAUAGAAGAAGAACGAGAAAAAGAACGACAAGCAGCUGAAGCUGAGAGACUAGAAAAAGAACGACAAGAAGCAGAGCUCAAAAGAAUAGAAGAAGAACGAGAAAAAGAAAGGCAAGCGGCUGAAGCUGAGAGACUAGAAAAAGAACGACAAGAAGCAGAGCUCAAAAGAAUAGAAGAAGAACGACAAGCAGCUGAAACCGAGAAAUCGAAACAAGAUACAGAGCAACUGUCUACCAUCACUGCAGCUGAAGCUGAAAAACUAGACGAGGAGAGAGAAACGGGAGUUGGUGUUGAAAAAGUUAAAGAGAGUGAAUUGGAUACUAGUUCUAAAGGUCCAGAAACGACAAUCGAUAAUCAAGAAUUUGCGAAAAAUGAUAUCAAAGCUGCAGAAGAACUAGAAAUUCCUCAGACAAAACCGUUAGCAUCUGCAAGAAGAAAUGCAUAUCUGGCUAAUCGCGCUCCUUCUCGACGCGAGCCUGCAGCAUUCCUUGUUGAGGCUAGAAAUGAACUGAUAAAAAGUGGCAGAAUCAGAGACCUUUCAAAAACGGUGAGUCUCGGUUCGUUAUCACCCAAGGGCCCCGUCGGCACUCAGAGCAAACCCAAGAGACAGUACGGUACAUCAGUUUCAGGUGCCGGGGGACCAUUAAAGAUAGACAUAGCCUCGGCCUUGGGUAAGCAAUUCCAAAAUUUUAAGUCAGCCAAAAAAAAUGCCAAGAGAUGACUAGGUAUUCAGUUUUACAACUUAGGUAAAAAAGACAGCAAUUUUGCUUUUGUUGUAUAUUUGAAUUUGAAAUUUGUACCAAACAAUUUUAAAUAGGCAAAAGAUGUCGGUUUCAAGCUUGUUCAUCCUGAAGAAUUCUAGGGCAGCUCGCAGUUACAAUUCUAAGCAUAGUAGCUGAGAGCGUUAGAUUUCUUAGUGCGUUCCCAUUUUCGCCCAUAUGCACUAUUUCCUUAUAUGAAUAUUCUUGAGUAUCGUAAGCACCAGUUAUCUGAAUAACGGGGGUCACAAGAAACGUGCAGCUUUCCUGUCUUCUUUAUCAGUCAUCAGAUACCUAUCUAUAUCAACCCCUGGUUGUAUACCUUAAAUUAUGGCAAACUACUUGGUUGAAGUGCAUGAUAACACAAUGUAAUUAGCCGUUUAAUUUGCUCACAAAAUAUGCUGAGGCCAUUUCUACCUAUUCCUUGUUCUUUUGUGUCAGCUUUCGUUCACCUGGUUGAUGUCUAUUACUGCUAGUUCAAGAGCAUAUUUACGAGAAGAUUGUAUAGAUUUUGGGCACGUUUUUUACACAUUAAAUUACUCCCAGUUAAAAUAGGUAUCGAUAGCUAAUCGUCAAAUUGAAUUAUAGGCUAACGGUAUUAUUGAGCGUAGCUCCCUGCUUCAGUCUUGAGGAAUUCAAUUAUUCUAGCCAAUGGGCGAUAGUAUUAUAAGCUUUUUUACACGAAUAAAUAAAAUAAGCUCAAAGUGUGGAUGGUAUUGUGUCGCCAUUUGCAUGUUGUCAGUGCUGAUAAUUGUUAUUCCCACCGCGGUUGGUUCAGAGUCUUAGCUUCUUGACUACUAUCUCUCUUUUGUGACAGAAAAUAGUAAUUUUUGAUUAUAUUUUUGUUACGUUUCUAUAUUACUUAUUAUUAUUUAUUAUUCAAUAAUUUUAUUUUUAUGCAUAUAUAAGCACUGUGCGUUUUGGGUUUGUCAUAGCUUUAUAUAACCUUACCUGCUUUAUUCAAAGAACAAAUCAGUUCUCGGAUGGUUCUUCUUAUCGAGAAAAAACUAGCCGGUUGAUUUCUGUACAUUUAUGCAGUUUAUUGCAGUCUACAGAACCUGAAGAGACGAAGCCUGUGCAUGAGAUAAGAAAAAACGUUGUAGCCGUCCGAAUUUGUUGCCUGACGCUAGAACAAGAAUUCAGAAAGUCUGAGCCCUAAUACCUCUCCCCAGAUAUUCUUCUCGAAGUUUUUCCCAGAUAUUCUCAAAUUUUUCUCUAUGGCUAGUACUAGCGAAGAUAUUGAAGUGUCUGUCUUUCUUAUGCGACUAAGGGUAGCUCCAGACAUACAAAUGCUACUUCAAAAUUUCGUUACAGAGUUUGUCAAAAAGCCUCCGCCUAAUGUCAAUACCUGGAACUUGAACAUUCAAGCCUAUAUUACCAAAGUAGUAGGAAUAAUCAGUAAACACGAUGUGUGGCAUGAUGCUACUCGAGAAGAACUUAAUACAAUAGGUGAUGUGGUUGAAAAAUACGUCAUGAUCAAGCUAUUUGAUCUUUGCUUUUCACCUACCGAGGAAUAUAGAAGACGUGAUAAACUUUUAGAGCUUAGGAUUAACUUGGUGAGGACCUUGUGCCAAGAGAAUCUUGAUAAUGUAUUUUGUAAGUUGAACGUUGUGCAUAUUCGACAGGCGAUCAAUGAAUUUUGCUCUAUGGAUUUUAAUAGGACCCCUAGAGGAAAGCUUAUCUGCUUUUUAAAUUGCUGUAAAAUCAUCUGUUACACGCUUAAAAAGGCAAGCAAAAAGAGAAAUUUGUCUGGAGCUGACGAGUUUUUGUCUUUACUUAUAUAUGUUGUCUUAAAUUCAAAUAUUACAAAACUCUAUUCAAAUAUACAAUACAUAAAGUUUCGAGAUCCAAAAAAGAUAUCUAGCGAAUGUAGGUAUUACCUUACUCAUCUGGAGUCAGCCAUCGUCUUUUUGGAUAAACUUGACCUAGAGAAACUUUUUUUCAAUCCAAAUAUUUUCGACGAAAACAUGUUUGAUCCUGAAAACCAAAUUGAAAUUUCAGACGAACUUGCUUCAAUGAAUCAUGAAGUGGAUUCUGAUUCACUGUCUAAAGCUCAAGAGAACGCAGAUGAAAGUUUCAUUCAGUCAGAAAUUCUGAAAAGUAAUGAAUCGCUUUCAUCGAAUUCUGCCUCACUUAUAUUUGGUGACCUGAAAGUUAGAUGGGCUGAUACUAGUGACCAUAAUCUUACUUCUUGUAAUUUACGCGAUCAGAACAUACCAACUAUAAUUUCCAACUACUUUGAUCAUAAAUCUAUCUCGAAGUUUAUGAACUAUAAUUCUGCUAAGGAGAUAAUGCCAGAUGAAUUGGAGGAGUUAUUAUAUAAGUAUAAGUUACUAGUACUAGAAAACCUGAUUUUACAUGCGAAACGUCAUAAGGAACUAAAACUUGAAUUAGUUGGUCGACAGGAUUCUGCAGGUUAGGCUUUGAUAUCUUCCACAGGAAAAACCUUUUACAUCUGCUUAUGAGAGGCGCCUAGCCGCUGUUUUUUUAUGAAAAACUUGUCUAUUAUUUUUGGACGAUGAAUGACCCGUUUUCUAAAACUUGACACAAGAAUUCGGAGUCAAAAUUUCUUUUGCUUAUCUCGAUCCCGCGCAACUCAACCUCUUUCUAUGUCAAUGAAUGUUUUUAAAAAGGACAUCAUUUUUCACGUGACCAGUACUACGAAAGAUAGUCUGUAUUGAAGUAUUUGAAGAGAGUUUAGAUUUACGAUUGUAAUAGAAAAUCUAAAAGAUAAUCUGAAUCCAUCAAAAAUUCUAACAAACGAAAUUAUAAUUUUUAUAA